CCGGGCACCGCGGGGCUGUAGCCGCCCGCCGCCCGCGGCCCCGGACCCCAUGGGAUGUGCCCGCCGUCGCCUGGGUGUUGUAGGAUUUUGGCAGAGCUGGCCAUGAUGUUAUGGUUCGUGGUUGGUGCCCUCUUCCCAGCGCUGCUCCUGGCCGCACCACCCCCCAUAAACAAGCUCGCCCUCUUCCCGGAUAAGAGCGCUUGGUGCGAGGCAAAGAACAUCACCCAGAUCGUGGGGCACAGCGGCUGCGAGUCCAAGUCCAUCCAGAACAGGGCCUGUCUGGGACAGUGUUUCAGCUACAGCGUCCCCAACACCUUCCCUCAGUCCACAGAGUCCCUGGUUCACUGCGACUCCUGCAUGCCAGCCCAGUCCAUGUGGGAAAUCGUGACGCUGGACUGUCCAGGCAACGACGAGAUCCCCAGGGUUGACAAGCUGGUGGAGAAGAUACUUCACUGUAGCUGCCAGGCUUGCGGGAAGGAGCCGAGCCACGAGGGAGCCCUGUUCAACGUCUACCUGAACGCGGAGGAGAACAUGCCCGCUGAAGGUCCCAGCCCCCAUCACUAUGCCCACCACCAACAGGAGGUGGAAGAACCUCCUGCCUCCAGCCACCACCAUCACGAGGAGGAGGGCGACGAGUGACCUGGCCCUUGCGGACUGUCCUUGCAGCCGGUGGCGUGGGCAGGGGGUGUGUGCGAGGGAGAGG